UUUAUCAAGCUCCGUGAAGGGUUUUAGUUUGUUCCAUCGCUGUCAGAAAGGAAGCCGGAAACGGAAGUCAUUGAGCGACAACUUCCGAGAGAAGUCAUCAUGGCUUCCCGAGAAGAGGUGCUUGCCUUACGAGCUGCUGUAGCUCAGCGUGAGGAGGAGCUGAGUUCCCUGAAGCAGCAGCUGGCUGCGGCUCUUUCGGCGGAGCGAGAGCCAGAGCCAGAGCGUCGAGUUCCGGUGUCGCCGCUACCGCCGAAGGCCGCCUUGUCCCGAGACGAGAUCCUGCGCUAUAGCCGGCAGCUAGUGCUGCCAGAACUGGGCGUGCACGGCCAGCUCCGCCUCGCCGCCGCCUCUGUGCUCAUCGUGGGCUGCGGUGGGCUUGGAUGCCCGCUGGCGCAGUACUUGGCGGCAGCCGGCGUGGGCCGCCUUGGCCUUGUGGACUACGACGUCAUAGAAUUGAGCAACCUGGCCCGCCAGGUGCUCCAUGAGGAAGCCCUGGCUGGCCAGGCCAAGGCCUUCUCGGCCGCCGCCUCUCUGCGCCGCCUCAACUCGAAAGUAGAGUGUGUGCCCUACGCCCAGGCCUUGACCCCAGCCACGGCUUUAGACCUGGUCCGCCGCUAUGACGUGGUGGCCGACUGCUCUGACAACGUCCCCACUCGCUAUCUGGUUAAUGACGCCUGUGUGCUGGCCGGCCGGCCUCUCGUGUCGGCCAGCGCCCUGCGUUUCGAGGGUCAGAUUACAGUUUACCACUAUGACGGCGGGCCUUGCUAUCGCUGCAUAUUUCCCCAGCCACCCCCGGCGGAGACCGUGACCAAUUGCGCCGAUGGCGGGGUGCUCGGUGUCGUGACUGGGGUUCUGGGCUGCCUGCAGGCUCUGGAAGUGCUGAAGAUCGCUGCGGGCCUGGGUCCCUCUUACAGUGGAAGCCUGUUGCUCUUUGACGCGCUCAGUGGGUAUUUCCGCUCUAUUCAGCUGCGGAGGCGCAGGUCCGACUGUGCGGCUUGCGGAGAGCGGCCCACAGUGGCUGAUCUACAGGACUAUGAGGACUUCUGUGGCUCCUCAGCCACGGAUAAGUGCCGCUCCCUGCUGUUACUGAGCCCCGAGGAGCGCAUUUCUGUCACUGACUAUAAGCGACUUCUGGAUUCUGGGGCACCCCAUCUGUUGCUGGAUGUUAGACCUAAAGUGGAGGUGGACAUCUGUCGUUUGCCUCAUGCUUUACAUGUCCCUUUGAAACAUUUGGAACGGAAAGAUAGGGAAAGCCUAAAACUCUUAAGAGAAGCAAUCCAGGAAGGGAAUCGGGUCACACAGGAGAGCGCUGUCUGCAUUUAUGUGAUUUGCAAACUGGGAAAUGAUUCCCAAAAAGCCGUGAGGAUCCUGCAGUCUCUAACAGCAGCCCAAGAAUUAGAUUGUUUAACAGUUCGCGAUGUUGCAGGGGGCCUCAUGGCUUGGGCUGCCCAGGUCGAUCAGACAUUUCCACAGUACUGAGGUGCCUGGUACGGCCAGUGUGGAUUGCUAUAAUACCUCAAAUGUAUUUAUUUGCAUUUUUCUCAAAAUUGUAAAGAAGAGCUUGGGAUUCCCCAAUAACUGAGAAUACAUGGGAUCGUUUUUAUAUGGAACUUUUUGAUUGUAAUGUGUCAAGAGGACUUACUAACCAAUGGAUUAUAAUACAAUUCGAGAGAACCAUCUUGUGUUUUCACCACUUAUAGAGUGUCUUAGAAAUGUAAAAUGCAAUGUGAAAGGAUUUUAUGUUUUAACCUACACAUCACUUCUUUUUGGUUUUACUGAGACAGAUUCUCACUAUAUAGUUCAGGCUAGCCUUGAACUUGCUGUUGUAACCCAUUGUUGGUCUCCAACUCAGGCAAUGGUCCUUCCUCAACCUCCUGACUGCUGUAGUUACAGGCACGUGCCACCGUGCCUAACCUGUCUUCUUUAAUUUCCACUUUCUCCAAUCAAAACACUUUUUAAAUUGUCCAUUUUAUACGUGGAAUUAAGGUGCAGUAAAUUAGUCUUACUGAAUUGAUUACAGAUCAUGUGCCUAGGGUCACUUUAUCAUUUACUGAAGUAUUUGCAGGUUCUUAUUUCAAGUGUAAAUGAAAAUAUAUCCUACAGAAAUAAAUGUUUCAUAUAUAAAGUGUUUUGAUCACCUAGGAAGUGGUUAUUGAGUAUUGUGAACUUAUAUAAAUGUGGGAAAUCCUUACAAUUUAGCAAAAUAACAGAAACUGCUUUCGUAGUCUCUCAUUUCCCUCAUAAAAGUUGUCAAUACCAAAGUUCCAUCUUGUACAAAUACAUUUUCUAAACUGUAUAUUAUGCCAAGUGCAAGGUCCUAAAUUCGGUUUU